GUUCAGUUUUUGUCGUCCGUUUUUUUGAGGAAUGAAAGAAAGACGGACUGUAUCCUGAAGAAAAUAUUGAGGAGCUGCCAUGUUGGCCUCCUCCAUCCCUCCGUCCCUCCUCUUCCUCCCCUUCCUCCUCUUCCUCCCCACCCCUCCAACCGUCUCUGCUGAUGUCCUCGUGACCUCUGACCCCUCAAUAUUAGCAGUGAAGCUGGACGGCCCCCCCCUCUCUCACCUGCUGCUGGACUCGGGGGCAGGGCGUCUGUACGUAGGCGGGGUCGAUCACCUGUACCAGCUGACGUCGGACCUGGAGGUGAUGUCACAUGUUCGAACCGGCCCUCACCAGGACUCCCCCGACUGCCUCCCCCCGAUCAUUCCCCAGGAAUGCCCCUCGGCCACGUCCACUCACAACCACAACAAACUGCUGCUGAUGGAGAAGGGACAGGGGGCGGAGCCUGGGAGUCUGAUUGUCUGUGGUUCUCUCUAUCAGGGCAUCUGUGACAAAAGGAGUUUGCACAACAUCUCUCAGAUCAUCUAUCGGACGUCCAACCCUGUCGACACUCAGUACGUCGCUGCCAACGACCCCCGGGUCUCCACCGUUGCUGUGGUAAUAACUGUAGAGAACAAACAGGAAGUCAGCGGAAUGCUGAGUCUGAUGCUGGUCGGUCGCGGCUACACCAGUAAAGGUCCUGGUGACAUUCCACCAAUCACGACGCGGCGUCUGUUCCCAGUGGUCCCACCUCGCCGGGCGUUCUCGCAGGAGGAGGAGCUGGGGAAACUUGUUGUUGGAAGUUACUCAGAGUACAACAACCACUUUGUUAAGGCAGUCGCCCAUGGUGACCACGUCUACUUCCUGUUCUCGAGGCGAGACAUGUGGCACAAAAAGGAGUACCGGACCUACGCCUCUCGGCUCUGCGCCUCUGACCGCAGCUUCUACUCGUACGUGGAGGUGCCGCUUCUUUGCCACGGUGGUUACAACCUGGCUCAGGCAGCGUGGUUAGGAAACCACUCAGGUGAACCCACCCUGUUUGUCAUCAUGGCAGCGGGGCAGGCGUCCACACCUGUAGCAACAGGACGUUCAGCGCUGUGUGUGUAUGGGAUGGCAGAGCUGGAUGCCAUGCUGCAGCAAGCACAGGAAGUGUGUUACACUGAGGGAGGACGAGGGGGCAGUGGACAGGAAGAGGCCUACAUCGAGUACGCUGUGUCUUCGAAAUGUCUCAAACUGCCGAAGGUCUCUCUGUCGGAGUACCCCUGUGGGGGGGAACACACCCCGAACCCCAUCGCCAGUGCUGUGCCGCUCCCAGCCACGCCCACCUUCACCUCCACCACCCUGCUGACCGCCGUCACCACGGCAACAGAGGCGGGAAACACCAUCGCCUUCCUGGGAGACAGAGGGGGGCAACUGCACAAGGUCUUCGUGCGCUUUGAUUCGUCAGGUGACCUGUACGACAGUGUGAUGGUGGACAGCGGCAGCCCCAUCACUGCUGACCUCUUAUUGGACGAGAGCCAGCAGCACGUCUAUGUUUUGACCAGUAGGAGGCUGUCGAAGGUCCACGUGUCGUCAUGUGAGAAGCAGACAGACUGUCAGACCUGUCUCACUGUCAGAGACCCACACUGUGGCUGGUGUGUCCUGGAGGGAAGAUGUUGUCGUAAAUAUCAGUGUCAGCGCCACCUUCAGUUCAAUCAUUGGCUCUGGAGCUUCGAACCAACCAAUCAGUGUGUAACGGUACAAAGCCUACAGCCAGCCAAUCAGAGCAGAGAUGAGCAGACACAGGUAACGAUGUCAGUCAUUCAACUUCCCAUCCUCGCUGAGGCAGAGUCUCUGUCCUGCGUCUUUGGGCAACUCCCACCACAGCCCGCCAUUGUCAUGGGAACCAGCAUCACCUGUCAGUCACCUUCACCGGAGCUCCUCCCAGACAUGCCAGCAAGAAGUGAUCACAUGAUGCUGCCCGUGUCUCUGAGGUUUGGUGAUGUGACGAUCACCACAGGUAACAUGACCUUCUACGACUGUGAAGCCGUGAGCCGCCUGAACCAGAGCUCCCAGUGUUUGUCCUGCGUCUCCAGUGUGUGGAGGUGUAAUUGGUGUCCUCUAGAUCAACUCUGCACUCACAACCAGAGCUGUCCGAGCCAACACAUCAUCCUGACCCAGAGAGACUCCCCUGGUCCCUCUUCGUGUCCUCUGGUCUUCUCUCUGCAGAGUUCUGCCUUAGUGCCUCUGGGCCUGAGCAGCAGUGUUGUGCUACAGGGACGGAACCUGGACGUCUACACGGACAACGCCCCCUAUGUUUGUGUUGUGGAAAUACACGGUCUCAAGGUGAACCUGAAUGCUGCUGUGGAGAGGACACACAACAACACACACACCUUCACCUGCAGCCCACACCAGUUUCACUAUACAGUCAGUCAGCUCCAGCAUUCUGCACCUGUCUACCUGCGGAGAGGAGAAAGACGCAUCGACGUCUCACCUGGUCUCCAACUCCAGUUGUACGACUGCUCUGCCGGCCAAUCGGAUUGCUCGCAGUGUAGGGCGGUUCCCCAGGAAUAUGGUUGUGUCUGGUGUCCAGGAAGCCCCACCCCCAGCUGUGUUUACAACCAAUCGUGUAGCAGCAUACCAGCAGACACCUGCCCACCUCCUCAGAUCACACAGGUGGUACCUGUCUCUGGUCCCCUGGAGGGCGGAGUCCUGUUGACGAUCACAGGUUCAAAUCUGGGGAUGAGUUAUCAGGAUGUGGUGGGCGGGGUCACAGUGGCAGGUGUUCAGUGUCUGCCACAACCUGAAGGUUAUGAGAUCUCCACCAGGGUUGUGUGUGAUCUUCAGCCCAGUGGGAAGCAGAGGAAGGGGAGUGUUCUUGUUACAGUGGGAACAACCCCCCCUGGAAGAUCGAAGCAGAUCUUUACCUAUCAGGACCCUCAGCUCCUGGACCUGGUUCCUGAUAAAGGUCCAGUCUCUGGAGGAACCAGACUGACCAUCAGAGGACAUCAGCUGCUGACUGGACAGACGUCCGACCUGAGUGCCUUCCUGGGUCCACAGCCCUGCUACAUUGUGGGGGAGGUAAACGACACCCAGUUGAUGUGUCAGACUGGUUCCAGUCCUCAGACUGGUGGAGUCACAGUUCGGGUUUUCUUCGGGAAAGCGGAGCGGACCGUACCCAACGUGACCUUCCAUUACCUUGAAGAUCCCGUCAUCACUGAUGCCAUCCCUGCGGAGAGCUUCUAUGCAGGGGGGCGUGUCAUCACCGUAACAGGCAAGAACCUGGAUGUGGUGCAGCAGCCAAUCAUAUCAGUGUGGGUGGAGCCUCUGGAGGUCCAGAGGGUGAAACGGAGAAAACGUCUUGCUCUCCUUUCUGCCAAGCAGCAGCUGGUCUUCAACAGCACCAUGGCAACGGUGUCAGAGCGCUGUUCAGUUCUGUCUUCCUCUAAGAUGACCUGCUCCACCCCCACAGUGACCCCAGAGGUCAAAGUUAAAGGCGUGUGGUUUCAGCUGGACAACGUCAAAGUUCACUACGAGAGUAUCAAGGGUAAAACCUUUACUUAUUAUCCAAACCCACAACUUUUCCCUCUGAACCGAGAUGCUCCAGAAGCUCCGUAUCGCUUCAAACCAGGAGGAGUGAUCGCUGUGGAGGGUCAGGACCUGACUAGAGCCAUGUCCAGACAGGAAGUGACAGCUCGCCUCGGAGAUCAGGAAUGUGAGGUGAAAACUCUGGACAACACUCACCUGUACUGUGAACCUCCAGAGAUCCAACCAGCGAGCAUGGAUGAGAGCAACGAGCUGCCCAGCCUCAAGGUGUUCAUGGGGAACCUGCAGGUCGACCUGGGGUUGGUACAGUACGACAGUGACUCUCUGCUGUCUCCCGUCCCAUUGGCUGCUCAGAUCGGUUUGGGUGCGGGAGCGGCUGUCAUCAUCCUGUCAGUGCUGGUCAUCAUACUGAUGUACAGGAGGAAGAGUAAACAGGCUCUCAGAGAUUAUAAGAAGGUUUUGCUGCAGUUGGAAACUCUGGAGAUCAACGUCGGAGAUCAGUGUCGCAAAGAGUUCACUGACCUGAUGACAGAAAUGAUGGACUUGAGCAGUGACGUCGGAGGACCAGGACUCCCCCUGCUGGACUACAGGACAUAUGCAGAGAGAGUUUUCUUCCCUGGCCAACAGACGGCGCUGUUGAGUCGCCAGCUGGACCUGCCAGAUUCCAGGAGACAGACUGUGGAGCAGGGUCUCCAGCAGCUGAACAACCUGCUCAACAACAGGCUCUUCCUCACCCGGUUCAUCCACACUCUGGAGGCUCAGCAGAGUUUCUCUCAGAGAGACCGGGGUUACAUCGCAAGUCUUCUCACCAUCGCUCUUCAUGAUAAACUGGAGUACUUCACCGAGGUCAUGAAGAACCUGCUGCAGGACCUGGUUCUGCAGUACGUUGCCAAGAAUCCCAAACUCAUGCUGCGCCGGACAGAGACAGUUGUAGAGAAGAUGUUGACCAACUGGAUGUCGAUCUGUCUGUACUCCUUCCUAAAGGAGGUGGCGGGGGAGCCUCUGUACGUGCUCUACAGAGCUAUAAAGUACCAGGUGGAUAAAGGUCCGGUCGAUGCUGUGACAGGAAAAGCCAAACGAACGCUGAACGACAGUCACCUGCUGAGAGAGGACAUUGACUACUGCGCUAUGACUCUGACGGUCUUGGUGAAGAAUGGUGUUGAGGUUCAGCCAUGUCCUGUUAAAGUUCUUGACACUGACACCAUCACACAGGUGAAGGAUAAGAUCCUGGAUCAGGUGUACAGAGGAGCUCCGUAUUCUCAGAGACCAGCAGCCGACAGUCUGGACUUAGAAUGGCGUUCAGGUCAGGCGGGUCACCUGACCCUGUCAGAUGAUGAUGUCACAGCGGUGGUUCAGGGUCGCUGGAAACGAAUCAACACGCUGCAGCACUACAAGGUUCCAGACGGAGCGACAGUUGCUCUGAUUCCUCGUUCUCAGAGUUCAGUUGGAGUCAACCAGGUGUUCCAGACUGGAGAGAAAACUCCGAUGCUAGAGGGUGAGGAGGAGGAGGGUCUGCGUCUGUGGCACCUGGUGAAGAGCAGCGAAGAUCCAGAAAUCCCGAAACACAGAAAGAGCAGCAUGAGGGAGAGAGAGCGCGCUAAAGCCAUACCUGAGAUUUACCUGACCAGACUGCUGUCCAUGAAGGGGACACUGCAGAAGUUUGUGGAUGACGUCUUUGUGGCAAUUCUCAGUACAAAACGUCCUCCUCCAAUCGCAGUCAGAUUUUUCUUUGACUUCCUGGACGACAUGGCAGAGAAACAUGGUAUUGACGACCCGGAGACUGUCCACAUCUGGAAGACAAACAGUCUCCCUCUCAGGUUCUGGGUGAACAUCCUGAAGAACCCUCAGUUUGUUUUGGAUGUUCAGGUGAGCGACAGCAUCGACGCCAUCCUGUCUGUCAUCGCUCAGACCUUCAUCGACUCCUGCACCACCUCUGAGCACAAAGUGGGACGGGAUUCUCCUGUCAACAAGCUGCUGUAUGCCAGAGAGAUCCCCCGAUACAAGCAGCUGGUGGAGAGGUAUUACAGUGAUAUCCACAGUGCUGCGUCAGGAUGUUAUCAAGAGAUGAAUUCUACUCUGACUGAACUUUCAGGGAGUUUUGCUUCAGAAAUGAACAGUGUUGUAGCUCUUCAUGAACUCUACAAGUACAUCAACAAAUACUACGACCAGAUCAUCAUGUCUCUGGAGGAGGACAGUUCAGGUCAGAAGAUGCAGUUGGCUUAUCGGCUGCAGCAGGUUGCUGCUCUGGUAGAGAACAAGGUCACUGACCUCUGAUGACCUCUGACCACUGGAGACCAGUGAGGUCAAGGAUGAAGAUGAAGCUUCUUCAGCAGCAAAUCACUGGACGCCUUUCAACAUUGUGUCUUCCUGCUGUGUUUGCAUGCGUCCUGUGUGUGUGUGGUGUGUGUGUGUGUGUGUGUAAGUAAACCAAACCAACCUGACUCACCAGUCUGUGAAAAAAUGACAAUCUUACCAAUCAGAUCAGGGAACAUCAUCUUCUGCUGCCUGCUGCCUUGCACUACAUUUCCCAGAGUUCCCUGCUGCGCUUUUCUGCUGCCUGCAAAAAUUCAAAAAGCACAAUCGUAAUAGUUUGUAUUGAUUAUUGAUCCGCUGGAUGUUUUUUAUCUUCUGCAACCGGCCUCUGCACAACCUACAGGACGUGAGACGUUCACUGAAUCAGGGAUUUUUUAAAUCAGUUUCAGUCUGACUCCAUUUUCUGAUCAACAGCAGCUGAAGCUAAUCUUUCACCUGAACCAGGUGAACUUUGACCCUCGGAGGUCACAGUGAAAAAAGAACAAAGAAAUGGUCGAUUAAAAACGAUCAACAAAAUCUCAAUUCUGGGGGUUUAUAGUGUGUGUGUGUGUGUGUGUGUGUGUGCGCGCGUGUGUCACUAACUUAUUGUGUGUACAUACUGUAAGUCCUAUUUAUACCUAUUUAUCCUAUCUAGGCCAUUACUGGUGCAUCUAGGUGGCACUGCAUCAUGGGGGGAAGUUUUAAUUUUGAUUUUAAUUUUAAACUUUUAUUGAACCAGGGAGGGAAACAAACCCCGGAUCAUCGCGUACCACAAGUCUAACACUGGACAGAACAGCUAGCAUAACAUACACUCAUACAGAACAGCUAGCAUAGCACUACACUAAUACAGAACAGCUAGCAUAACACACACUAAUACAGAACAGCUAGCAUAACACACACUAAUACAGAACA